UGCUGUAGCGGAGCGGGUAUCCAGUAAAGGCUCCUCUGAUUGGUCCAAGGCAACACGCUCACGAAUUAGCAGCGACAUUGUUAAACGUGGAAAUUGAUGUUUGGUAUUUCGGUUUGAAAAUAUGUCGUUCAAUCGGACAAUUGGCGACGUCGAGUACAUGAAAAAAAGGAUCCCGAAAAACGCAAAGUAUGAACAUGUGAAGACUCGUUUGGACACAGGAUGCAGCCUGACAAAGUAUUUGGAAAAACUGGAGGACAUUAAAAAAAAUUACAGGUAUCGAAAAGAUGAAAUCUUCAAGCGGUUAAAGGUGACAACAUUUGCACAAUUGGUACUUCAGGUAGCCUCUGUGUCAGACCUGGAUGAAAGUGACAAUGACUGUGAACUACAUGCCCCAGAAGAUGGUGUAGUGUCAGGUGCCGGCCUAGACUGUCUGUCUGGACGCACCAAUGGGUCCUUGCAGGAGUCUCCACGCUCAGAGCGUCAGGAUGCAGAUGACGCCGGAGACGCCUGCUGCACGGCCAGGUCCACGCUUUUAAGCGUCAUCAGUGGUGUAGGUGAGUUGAACGUGGACAGAAACAGUCCAAAGACAGCAAACACCUUGUUGUCCAGCCCUGAGCCAGUUGACUCGCUCUAUCCUGACUGCCCCUACCUGCUGCUGGACGUACGGGACCGAGACCAGUACGACCUCUGCCACAUCAUCAGUGCACACAGUUUCCCCGUUGCAAUGCUGUCUCGGACAAUGAACCCCUACACCAAAGAAGUACUGGAAUAUAAAAAUGCUGCAGGCAAAAUCCUCAUUGUGUAUGAUGAGGAUGAGAGAAUUGCCAGCCAAGCAGCCACCACCAUGUGUGAGCGAGGAUUUGAGAAUCUGUUCAUGUUGUCUGGAGGCCUCAAAGUAGUCGCUCAGAAAUUCCCAGAAGGUUUAACAACGGGCUCCAUGCCCACGUCAUGCCUGAGCUCACACACAGCGAAGGGGAAAAAGGACUCCAUGCAACGGCGACCGAUGCAGGCAGCAGAGAAACGGUGGAGGUUCACGUCUGAGGAGCUGCUGAAGCUGCAUGAGCAGCUGGAGGAGAUCCUCAUUCCCAGUAACUCCAACAGUCGAAUGUCGAGCCGCAUGUCGUCUUUUAGCUUGGACUCAAAGGCGUCCAGUGCUCGGAGUCGACAGAGUUCUUCCACAGCUGGGAGGGAGAGCAGCCGCGUUCAGAGCAGUAGACCCUGGAAGUAACACAACCUCACACCGACCAACAUGCCUCCAACACACGGCCCACGCUCACCUGUGACACACCUGCUGAACACGGGUUCCUCCAAGUGUUUGGAAAGUGCUCACACCUUUGAAAGUCCGUAACAUUAUGAGACAUCGUCAAACUAAACUUUUAGAUGGUAGUUCCUGAACAGGGUCAGCAGCGAGGAGUGUGAUGCUCUUCUACACGUUAAUGUCAGACAGGUCAUUUCCUAACACUUGGUUUGCUUAAAUUGCGUGUGAAUGUCUGCACGGUGCCUCUUCAACUUGAAAAGUCUUUUUGCACUUAUGAACGUUUUUCACAAAACUAUUGUUUUCACCAGUACAUGAUCAGUUCUGUGGAUGGUUUAUUCAAACUAUGAUGCAUGGUUAGUUCAACAGAUUCAUAGAGGCUGAUAUGAAGAAAAUGAAGGAGACUCUGUAUUACAUGUGACAAAUGUACAAAUAAUUCAGUUCUUGCUUCCUCCUGUUAUGACGUGUGGGAAUUCUUUAAUUAAUACGUGUGCAACUAUUGAUUCCUGUGUGUGUGUGUGUGUGUGUGUGUGUGUGUGUGUGUGUGUGUGUGUGUGUGUGUGUGUGUGUGUGUGUGUGUGUGUGUGUGUGUGUGUGUGUGUGUGUGUUCUCACAGUUUCAGAAUUUGAAAAGCUGUUUUUCUGACUCGUGGCCUUUAGUUCUAGGUUUUACUUGCACAUUUUUCCUCUGAUACGACUUGAACAGUCUUCUAUGAAGUGCAUUAUGUUGUGGACAUCAGUCUUUGUGCAGUUGAUCAUGUGGUUUUUAUGUGUAAAUUAAAGUGAAAGAAUAAAGUGUGUGUGCUUGUU